CAAAAUCGGUAGUUCUAGGGUGCCCAUCUGUGAAUCGGUAGGCAUAUCAAAAUUCGGUAGGAAUACAGAUAAGUCGAUAGUUCUGGUCACCCUGCGUGCCCUAGCCAAGCGAUCCCGUUUAACCGGGCCAACUCCAUCAUUCAGCAGCAGCAGCAGCAACAGCAGCAACAACAACAACAACAACAACAGCAGUAACACCAGCAUCAGCCUGCCGCGAGUAGAGGCACCCAAAACACGGGUACGGUAAAAGCUACAAUGUUUUCGCAACAAGCUCGUGCUCCUGUCUAACGUUUUUCUUCGCCAGUUGCGGGCAAGCCCAGAUUCACCCAUCGCCUACCCCCCGCCUCAGGUGGAGCAGGGUGGGGCAAGCGGAAAAGCGCGGCCCCGAUGGCCGCAGCCCGGCCAGACAAUGGCAGCAAGCAGAGCGACACCGCCCCGAUCCAGCCGAUGCAGCGGCUGAAGCCACCCCAACAACAUCACCCAGCAGCAGCACCACCACCGUCGUCACCAUCUGCGGCUGUGAAUCGAUAUCCCACGAUCUUGCUGAACGCGCGCAAACAGGCACCACGACCGGCCGUGCCGCACGUGGUACGUCGGCUGGCCCCGGCCGUACCACGCCGGGGCCAGCUGCCCAGCAAUGCCAGCCCGGUGCUGAUCACGGCCGACAGCUUGCGGCGCACGGUGUACGCUACACUGCCCUCGGUUUCGUACCACAGCGCCGGGCCCGGUAACGGGCUGACCACGAGCACGAUCGUUAGCUUUGCGGGCAAGCAGCAGCAGCAGCAACAGCCGACAGCAGCAGCCACGAACGAGCUGGUCUCGGUGGUACGGCCAACAUUGCCACCGCCGCCGGCCACCAUCUACAAGCUGGUCAGUGCUUCGGCCGCGACCACCGGCCGGAAGCGGAUGCCCCAGAUAGCGCCGAAACCACCGCCCCUGCCGGCGGCCAGUCAAGCCGACCGAGCGCCGCCUGCCCCGAAGGGUGAGCAAAGGCCGCCGACGGUGGCAACGGUGCGGCAGCGGCGACCGGCCCCGAAAACGACACCACCGUACAAUAACGCACCCGGCUGGCGGCGUAUUCUGCGCAACAAGGUGAUCGUUUACAUUAGCCCUUCCAACAUAGUGCUUCACAACUACGAGCAGGUGAAGGAGUACCUGCUGUCUUCCGGUACUUGCAAGUGUGGUCUGCCGUGUCCCUUCAACCCGGAGCGGUUCUUUCAGUUUGACGCACAGAUCCCGAACCAGACGAUGGCGCCAAAAAACCGACAAGUAUUAUGUUCGCACCUGCAGCGGGCACCCGAGGGCCGUAUGAAGCGGCUGCACGCGGAGUCCGACUGCAAGCCGGCUAGUAGCAGCAUAGCCAGCAUCAACAGCACUACCACCACCAUCACCACAACCACCGCUGCUGCCGGCGCGGCCAGUGCCAAUGCCGUGCUGCUAAAAACGCCUCCCUGGCGAAAGAACGUGCCGGUGGCCACCUCUUCGCCGCAAGCCGCUGCUACGCCGGUCUCCGAGACGGGCACGCCAAGGUUGGCCGAUGGGACGGGGGGGCCGCCGUACACACCCACCCUGCCGGACGCACGGGAUGCCAGCCCGGAGCAGAAGAAGAAGCCCACGUUCAAGGACGACCCGACCGGCUACCUGAACCAGCAGACCGCCAUCCUGCACAGUUCGAUUUCGUUUCUGCACUCGCCCGACCGGCGCUCCCCGGCGCUGGUGGGCGGCGGUGGCCUGAGCCCGAAACCAGCCAGCGACCUUCCGCCGACCAGCGGCCGACCCACCCCGCCGAAGGACGAACGGGCGGCGACGGCCCGUAGCCGACAGCGCACGAUCCAAAGCGCCAAGCUGACCUCCCUCUCCGGGGUGGUGAAGUACGAGGCGAAGGCGUCGCCGCCGGUCGCUGCUGCCCCCGCCAAACUGCUGCCACCGGCCGGCAGCAUGAAGGGUGUCGCGAAGCCGCCCCUCCCGAUCGCCCGACUGGCCGGGGAUCGUGCCGGCCGCAUGGCUUACUACGUGAAGGCGAACCCCGCGGUCGACCCGUGCUCGUCGCCCAAAGUGGCCAAGCUGACGGUUGGGACGGGCGGUGAGCCAAACACGGUCGCUGCUAGCCUCACCACCACCACUACCACCACCACCAUGACCCCGACGAUAGCGCGCACGGUUACGACGCCGACCAGCGCCACCAUGUACGUGCCGACGCGCCACACCACCACCCCGCACGUGAUCAAUGCGGGCGGCGCCCAGAUCGUCGUGAUCGAUGGCCUGCAGCACAACGAUGGGCGGGUGCGGCUCGGCGGCUUCCAAACGACGGCACCCGGCGGCCCGAGCCCCGCCCGCCCCGCACAGCUGGUGCCGACCGUGCCGGCGAAACCGGCCACCGUCGUCAAUUACAACCUUGCCCGGCUGCCGAACGGAACGACGGCGGGUGCGGCCGCCCCGCUCCACCAGCCCACGGCCGCGCCCAGCUCCUCCGGGACGAUGCUGCUGAACGGCACGAACAUUAUCCACCUGAGCAACGGGCUGUCGCCGGCGGCCACGUUUCACGGGGCGGGACUGCUCACCACCGGCAGCACGCCGAACGCAGCGGCCAGCGGGAAACCGAGCGCACUCGGCACGCUGCCGAACGGGACGCUCGGGCUGGCGCCGGGCUCGACGGUGGUGCUGAAUCCCACCACCAGCAUACGGUUCGCGGACAGUGCCAGCUUCACCGCGCCCGGUGGCUUCCCGACGGCGACGGUCGCGUCCAACGCGUACCACUACGGCCCGUGCCCACCCGGCGGCGGAGAGCCGACCGUCACACUGGACGGGCGGAAGGCGCUGAAGGGCCGGCCGCUGAAACCGCUGAACGGUACCGCGCUCGGGCCGGGCACACCGCCAGGCGCGCCGGCGCCGAGCGGCCUGACCGGUGGGCUGGUACUGCCGGCCACGCUCAGCACACAGGCGCCCCAGGCGCCGGCCACCUUCCAGCAGCAGCUGCAACCGGGCCCGUUCGUACAGAUUGCCUCACCGUACGGUGGCAUGCAGAACAUUCAGCUGGCCCCGAGCCUGUCCGGCAUUACCGUCGUGCCCGUAUCGAAAGCCACCACGCUCGUGCAACAGCAGCAGCAGCAGCAGCAGCAGCAGCAGCAGCAACAGCAGCAACAGCAACAGCAGCAACAGCACCAAACGCCCUACAGCAUGCUUGGCCAAACGCAAACCAUUCUGCUGCCCGCCGGCAUGGUAAUGACGUCGGACGCGACCUCCGCCACGCUGCUCCAGAUACAGAACAUGGCACCUUGCGGUACCGGCGCGUCGCUGCUCGCCGGCCAGACCGGGCUCGUCCUGCGCCACCCGAAACCAUCCCCCACCGGGUUCCUCUCGACCGUCGGCCCACAGUCCUACCUGAUCGGUACGAGCGGCGGACCGGCAGUACGCACACCCACCGUCACCCAGCGGCAGCUGGCGACCGUUGGAAACGGCAACAGCAGCAGUAGCAUCACCACCACCACCACCACCUCGCUUCCCAGCACCGCUCUCUUCACUGGUGGUGGUGGUGGUGGUGUGGGCAGCGGUGCUCUGCUACCAGUCAGCAGUCUCACCGUGCAGCAGCAACCACCGCAAGCUCCACUGGCCGGCAACCACAACACCGCCACCGUCAGCCCUGUCAAGCUGAUCGAAGCGUCCUCCCACCCGGCGGUGCUCCUACACCCUGACGGCACACGGGCGGCGACACACCACGUCGGCCAGCCGGACGGUGACACGAAACCUGCGGCCGACGGUACCGCGACUCCAAAGGCUAGCAGGAGCGACAGCAAGCCACUGUACCAUAGUAGCGAGACGAGUAUGUCCGUUUCCGUUAAGGAGGUUGAUGUGCCUGGGAUGACGCUUACACUGAAAGGGCCGCUUCUGGCAACGACCGCGGUCGAGCAGCAGAAAAAGGUUUGGCCUGAUACGUCCAAACAGCAGCAGCAACAGCAUCAAGAUAAUCGAAUAGUGCAGGGAUCGCCCAAUCGCACGGGCAGGACCAUCGGGUCGGCCCCAGCCGCCGCGGGUGCCGGUGGACGUGUCGGUGGUAUCGGGCAGGUACGCCGGGGCCUGCCCCCGGUACAGGCUGUGACUAGCAAGCAUCCGGAACGGGUGAAGCUCGCCUUUGUCGCGGCACCGACCACGACCGAAGGAUCAGCCUGCCGACCGUCGGAUGUGCUGGCCGAGCGGAGCUAUGACAACGCUCCGCUCAGCGAGAGCGCUUUGGCCACCGGCAAGCGGAGCUCGAGCGAGCCGGACGAUGAUAAUGGUGAUGAGGAUGAAGGUGAUGAUCAAGAUGAUGAUCAAGAUGAUGAUGAUGAUGCUGAUGAUGCAGAUAGCCAACCAGAGCAACCGGCACAACCUACGACCGGUGGCCGUACCGUGCAGCGGCUGUUUCGCGUCGGCGAUCUGGUCUGGGGUGCGGUCCGCGGAUUCCCGGCCUGGCCGGGCAAGGUGCUACCGGUGCCAGCGACCGAGCCGGACCCGUCGGCGCCAUCCAGUGUAGACCCGGAGCACGUCUGGGUGCGGUGGUUCGGCACCGGCCGCACCAAUGCGGAACGGGUCGAGAUCGGCACACUGCAGAGCCUGUCCGAGGGUCUCGAGAUGCAUCACCGGGCGCAGAAGGACGCUAGAAAGAGCCGUAAACUGAACGCACAGCUCGAGCAAGCCAUCCAGCAGGCGAUGCAGGAGCUGGACCAUGCCGCACAAGCCUCGUCCGGCUUUGGCCGUGGGCGCGCGUCCACCCUUGACAAGCAGCAGCGGCGACGGCGCCAGCAGCGGCACCAGCGCCGGCAGGCGGUGGCCAAACGGCACCGGACGGUCGGUGGCCACAGCACAUCCACCACCAUCACCGAUACCGCCAACACCGGCAGCAACCUGUGCAAUCGAAAGUCCGGCAGCGUGCGGUAUUUGCGCGGCAACAAGUUUAAAGCCAAAUCGUAAGGCCGACAAGCAUGGGUUUGGCAGCAUGUUGGACCGUCAACGUGUCGCGCAAUCGAUCGUAGCAAAAGCAGCUCGAAAUUAGGCGGCAAGCGAUUAGCACAUUUUGGGGCAGCACUCGUCCGCCAAUCUAAUAAUUGUUAAUAAGCGUAAUUGUUAGGUGUGCGUGUGUGUGUGUGUGUAUGUAUGUAUGUAUGUGUGUUGCGUAAACGUACGGACACGCGUCCAAAUGUGUCCCACGUUUGCUGUAAUUCCGGGCCGCAGCGGCGUAGGCGAAUAACUAGGGCCGGGGGGUUCCGUUUUUCGGCUAUCCGUAAAUGUUGUUAUCCUCAUACCUUUUGUUAUAAUUUUUUUUUUUUACCACAAGCAAAAUGUAUCCGCAAGACGGAACCAUUGUUGUGUGGUUGUUGCCCCUUCCUAGAAAGGGGGAACACGCAAACGGCGCCCCCUUGGGAAACACAACGAGUAGAGAGCGUGCGUUUGCCGAGGCAGCGCAAGAAGAAGAAGAAAAAAAUAUCACAAUGUAUAUCAAAUGCGGUAGAGAAACGUUCCAAGCAAUGGUUGCGUUUCGUUUGUUUAUUUUUUUCUUUUUUGUAUGGUUUCGAUUUACCUAACCCCACUUAGCAAAAUUGUGAAAAUUCGCAAACUACGCAAAACUAGUUAAGGCUAGGCGUUGCGGUCAUUGCGCCAUGACAGCACACGUGUUCGUGUUUCGUGUGGGUAUAUAUGUCCUGCGUACAACUCAACACUAAUUGAGCAGCUGCUGGGCACUGUGUGCAUCGUUUCACUCCUCUGCAGCUGCAGCAGGCAAGCCAUCGCUGCAACGAUGCUCUCGUUACCAUGGACAAACAAAAAAGGAUAAGAUCGGUGGAUAAGAACAUUUCACUGCGAUAAGUAGGGUAUUGCAUAUAGAUAGACACACCGUCCAGCUUGUUUUGAGACCACAAUCGAUGUGUGCGCUAUGUUGGCUGAAAAUACUGUGCGCGCGCGCACUACUAACGUCGUCAAUAUUGUGUGACGAAAAACGUAAAAAUCGUGGUUUGGUUUUAAGCUAGCUGAAAGGAGUGCGCAGGGACAGGCAAACGGGCCGAGAGCUAGCAGCAACCAAGGGAAAGCAAACGAGAAAAGGUAAAAACAUUUGUUGCAAUGUUGUACUAGAAGCAAGUAAGCGUAUUUUUGAGUUACAACGCAAAAGUAAUAGCUGCUUAAUUUUACUCAAUCUCAAUGCCCCCGUGUUCCGUUUUAGGUUAGCAUUAAGUUUAGCUAUAACAAAUUGAUUAUUAGUACUAUUACCGUUUUGUUUGUUUGUUUGUUUGUUGCGCGUGCGAGGUGUACGAAGUUACGCAUUUAAUCGACGAGCGCUGUCCUUAACGUGCUGCAAGCCGAUAGGUUGCCCGUGGAACAAGAAAAAGUUAAUCAUUGUAAUCUGUUUUUUUUUUCUUCGAUCUGUUAAGUUAAGAAUAAGCGUGAGAUUGUCGGCAAGCUGUGGUGUACUGUGCCACGCGUCUGUUAUUGUGUUAUGUUUUUAUUUUUUUUAAAUGUUUUUUGUACUUUAACGUAAUAACGGUGCGAAACGGGCAAAACGGAACGGAUUAAGUUAGUGGAGGAUGGGAUGGGCCCACAUCCUAUAGGGAGGCGAUAGGUUUACCGUUCGCGUGUUAAUCAAAAGGGAGCGAAGAGAAGCAAAGCAAAACAGUUAGUGUAUAGCUGAUCAAGUUGGGAGAGGGGGGGGGGGGGGAGGGUAAUGAGGGGUAAAAUGUUUGUUUUUAUACAUAACUAAUUAGUGCUAUUAUGGAUGGCGGAAGGCAGGAACAGGAAGAAUAGUAGGAAACGAGAGCCGUUGGUUUAAUGAUUGCGAGCGCGUGCGCGCGGCAGUGCCAGUUUUCAAAGCAGGUCAUACACGUGCAUACACAUUUUUUUUUUUUGUUAUGUUAAGGCAACCCACUUUGUAACGAUAGUUUUGGGCAACAAUUUUCUAAAAAAAAAAAAACAAAAACAAAUCCUAAACAAACGCGUACCCCACACAGCGAACGGAGGUUAAUUAUUUACUGCAGGUAUUGGAAAGGAUGCGUCAUGUGCUGCUGACGUGUAGUUUGGUUCCCAAUUCACGAGGAGGAGAAAAAGGAAAACGCAUUGCCUUGUUUGUUUUUGCUAAUUUUUUUUGUUUGUUUAAUUUUAUUACUGUUAGUGGCGUCUGGGUUUAUUGCCGACAUUAUUCUUGUUGUUGUUGUUGUGAUUAAAAUGAGUUUUAAGACGUAGGAACGAUUUACAGAAAACUAGAAAGCGAGAGAUGGAAACAGGCAGAGAGUGAGUAAGCUAGGCGAAUAAAGAAUGGAACGCAAACGCUCUAUUUCAAAAUCAAAAGCCCCCGAAAACAAGCAGGAAACAUUGAGCAUAAAAUAGGACGGUGCAGGAUUAAAACAGACAAUAAGACACACCUUCCCUACUUCCACCUACCACACACGUGCAGAAUUCCCAGAAUAGUCGCAAUUGCAGUUACAGGCAGCAAACGGAAAGCUCGGAUUGUAAAACGAACUGGCCGAAAGAUGGCCAGGUGCGUUCGGUUCUCGUUAACGCGAAGCGAAGAUUUCCCAACCCCAGGUCAGCUCCUCACACCAAACAUAAUUUAAAGCAGAAGCACAGCGGAAACAGUGUACGAUUAAUAAACUAAAACAAGAAAACACAACGGGCUAAUUAAUGAUAUAAGUAUAAUGUACUCAACGAACGGACGAAAAAAAUCACACACUCACUCAGUGUGACCACGAGCGUGUGUGGGGACAGAGAGAUUGUUUGCAGGGAAGCAAAAAUAAUUAAAUUAUUGAUUGGUUGCAUAAAGCUGCGAGAUUGCAAAAUAUC